AUGGCAUCUAUAAAUAGUCUGAUUUUGGACGCUGGUCCUUUGCUUACACAGACAUUUUCGGACCUUCAUUCAAGGGCGGAGAAAUUUUUCACAACACCCAGUGUGUACAACGAAAUUAAAGAUGAGAGAGCCAGACAAAAUCUGUUACUCUGGGGAGAGGAACUUGUCGUUCGUCAGCCAAAGCCUAGUUCCAUCGCUGCAGUGAGCGAGUUCUCGAAGAAAACCGGUGACUAUGCUGUUUUAUCAUCUACAGAUAUGCAUAUUCUUGCACUAUGUUACGAGUUGGAAGUCGAAUUAAAUGGAGGAGACUGGAGAUUGCGAAAGGUUCCUGGUCAAAAGAAUAUAAAUGGAGCCAAAGAAGUUAAGCAUUCUGAGACCCAAAAAUCCGAAUCCACUGACUCUUCUGUCAGUAAAGUUAAGGAAUCAAAUGAACAAACAGCUGAGCCAGUGUCAGACCUGACUAAAACAGAAUCAAAGAAAGAAUCAUCAGAAACAACAGCUACAGAGCCAGAGGCCAAUCCUGAGGAAACAGAAGAUGACGGAUGGUCGGUUGUUGCAGCUAAACCUAGAAAGCAGAAAAAGGGUAAAAAGAGAAAUGAUUUAUGGAGCAAACCUGCCCAAGUUCCCGUGAUACCUUCAGAGCCAACUACCACUGAUUCUGCUCAGCCUGAAAGUGAAGUAGAUAAUCAACAAAUUACAGAAGCUACAGCUACAGAAGAAUCUCAACCUCCUGCCGAAGAGAAUGUUGAGACACAAGAUUCAUUUGUUGAGGAGAUUAUAGAAGAAGACUACGAUGAUGAGGAUGCUGAUGAUUGGAUCACCACUGAGAACCUUCAAGAGACGUUAGAAAAGGCUGGCGGUGAUAAGCUGGAAAAAGUUGAAACCAAAACCAUGAAAGCGGCCAUGUCUACUGGCGAUUUUGCUAUGCAGAACGUUGCCCUUCAAAUGGGAUUGAAUCUUGUCAACCCCACUAAUGGAAAGCAUAUUAAACGGGUGAAAAACUAUAUGCUAAGAUGUCAUGCAUGUUUCAAAUUAACUGCUUUUCCUAAAGAUGGCCGUCCUCGUCAGUUCUGUCCUAGAUGUGGUGGUGCUACAUUAUUAAGGUGUACAGUUCAAGUAUCGGACAGUGGUAACAUCCAAGUUUUUCUUAAGAAGAAUAUGCAAUGGUCAAGUCGUGGAGACAAGUUCUCACUUCCUACACCCCAGAGCAGAAAUGCUCGUAAGCAAAGACACGAGUCGGAUCCAAUCCUUCUCAGAGAGGACCAGAAGGAAUAUCAAAAGGCCGUCAAGGAUAGCAUGUGGAAAAAGCGCCAAAACGAGAAGUUGCUAGACGAAUGGAUCGGCACUGGCAGUGCUGACUCUGUCGGAUCACCAUUUGCUAUCUCUGGUUACAAGCGAGAUGCCACUAAGCAUACCGGAGUUCGCGUGGGCCGUGGUAGAUAUGUGAACGAUUCCAAGCGAAAAUAA